UGGAGUAGGGAGGGGCGGGAUGCCACCCGUCGCGGCUCUCGUCUCCUUUUGAUCUCUUCCCCCAUUUCGAAAGCAAAUUUCUAGGCGGGACAGAGAGGCGGAGAUGGCUGCGGCCAUGGCGGAAACCCUAGCGCUGGCCCCGGUGGAGGACCCCGAGGCGCCCCUCGACGCGGCCGCCAUCCGAAGCCGGUUCAAGCAGCUCUCCACGCUGUGGGGAGGGGACGAGGAGGAGCCGGUGGAUGCUGCGGCGGCGGAGGAUGGGCUGCGCUCCGGGUGCGAGGCGGAUAUGCAGGCGGAGGAUGCGUGGGACUCCAGCGCUGCUGAGCUAGAGAGUCGCUGUUUGGACUUGUACAUUGAGUGGUUGAGAAAGGAGGUGAGCUUGACAGAGGAGGAGAACUGCAAGUUAUCUGCCGAGAUUAGUGUCAUUGGAGAGACAGUGUUCAAAGACAUGAUUCCGCUGGAUGCUGAGAUUGAAUCACUGGAGUCUUCACUGAAUACACUUGGUUCAGAGGGUUUGAAACAUUCGGAAGCAAGUCCUAUCUCAACUGAUUCAGGCUUCAACCAAAUAGAUAUUGAGAAGGACUGCAAAUAUGAGCUUACAAUGCUCUGUGUUGUUGAACACACACCUUUAACAAAUUUCCAGGAACUGAAACUAGAUCAUCAAAUAGGAAAAAGUGAGAUGGACUUGAAGCUGCUACAAAUACAAAGUAUUUCAAUGCAAAGGGAUGAAGAAAUGUGGCAGCUUCAAUCUCUGGUUUCAGGACCAAAGGUCUUAGAGUGUAAAGACAACUGUCUCAGGGUGCUCCUGAAGGCACCUAUACUGACCUCGGAAUGUGUAAUUCUUGGACAAAAGUUGGAUUGUGUUGUUGAUUCUUCUGUUUCAGAUCAUGAGUUACUGAUAGAAGUUGAUGAAGGAAGCAUGGAACUGAAUAAAGUCCAGAUCUUUCCUGCUGAUGUUUGUGUAGAUAUACUGAUUGAGAAGCUCAAGUCCUCCAGAGAGGUCAUUUCCGCUCCAUCUUUGGGAUGGCUCAUUCGGCAAUGUCAACAACAGAUUGUAAUCAACACUCUAAGACGAUCGUUGGUGAAUGAUGCCAAUAAUUCCAGGCAUUCUUUUGAGUACUUUGACAAAGAUGAAACAAUCGUAGCUCAUUUGGUUGGUGCAAUUGAUGCCUUCUUCAAGAUAUCUGCAGACUGGCCACUGUCGUCCUAUGGUCUGAAGUUAAUCUCAAUCCGCAAUUCAGGGACUCAGCCAACGAAUAUAACUUUACAUUUGCUCUGUAAGACCAAGGAACUUGCCAAUGGCUUGGAGCUUGAGACUCGUCGGCAUCUGGUAAGAUUUGUAGACGCCGUUGAGGAGAUUCUUGUUCGGGAGAUGCAGUCAGAGCUCCACUCCAGCAGGGUUUCUGCUUAGAAUCGAGGUCUGGGCUCGGCUUCUCAUCAAAGUUGAUGGCAGACAGGAGCUCAUUUCAGAUUACCCUUAUACUUUUCGUACAGAUUUGGUGCCACUUGACCUUCUACGCAUGUGGAAUCGAGUGCUGUUGCUGCUAGGUAUAACAGCAUAGAUUUAGUCCUUUCUUGUAUUGUAGUAAAAAAAAAAGGUGUGCGCAAAGCUUGAACCGUCGAAAGAUCAGGCGGAAUUGUGGUUGUAUUGGUUCUUUAUACCAGACUGUUAAACUGUGUCCUCCAGUGUACUGUUCAAUUGACUGACGCUGUGAAAAAAAAAAGGAAAGAAGAAAAAUGCAAUUAGCUAGACUUCAAA